AUGUAUCCGCUGGAUACUUCUCAGAUUUUGGCGAGAGCUUGCUACGCGGAUGCCGAUGUUUACCUGUUGGACGACCCGUUGGCGGCGGUGGACGCGCACGUUGCGAACCACUUGCUGACUCAAGUUAUCGGUCGUCGGGGUUUGUUGGCAGGAAAGACAAGAAUUAUUGCAACGCACCAUCCCGGUGCCAUCGCCGAAUCGGAUCAAGUUGCUUUGCUUGUCGUUGGCCGCCUCGUGGAAUACGGCAUGUACUCGAAGCUGAUGGCAAAGAAGAAUAGCCAGUUGAACAUGUUCCUGAGAAAUGAAGAGCUGUGCAAGCAACUCGUCACUGAAAAAAUGAAUCGCGAACAGGUGCUGAGCAGGUCGUUGAAAAGAUCAUUCUCAAGCUUCAGAUCAAGUACCCCAUCUGAUUCCUUCCAAACACAGCAUGCUGCCAUGCUAGGCGACUUUGCUGAGUCAUUUUCGUAUGAGGAUCAGGUAUGGCAACCGGAGCACGAGCAAGACAACGCGGUUUCUGUUUGCAGCAAGUCCAAAUCCUCCAAGUUUGACAACGUUCGAUUGGGGAGCGUUUCAGUUAAGGAGGCGAAAGGGAUCGACGGAAAGGCAGAUGUCCCCUACAAUUGGGUGAAGGUUGGACAGAAUCAACCUGAGAGUACGCCGAAGAAGACCCUAGAGGAGACCAGCGCCACCGGACGGGUCAAGUUCAAAGUCUUUUGGAUUUACAUCCGCAGCAUUGGCAUAGGCGUCUUUGUGGGCAGCGUUUCUUUCCUCCUAAUGAGCCAAAUCGCGUGGCUCGGUAGCAACAUCUGGCUGGCCGAGUGGUCCGGCGAUUCCGCAAGGAACAAGAACCUCACCGACUCGGCCAAUGCCACCGGCACCAUGGAUAGUCAAAGCUACAGAGACGAGGUGGCCAGAAUGAAUAGCCUGAGGGAUCUGCGGUUGGGCAUCUACGGUUUGAUUGGUCUGGCCCAAGUUAUCUUCGACCUCACUGGUAGUAUUAUGCUGGCGAUUGGCAGUGUUCAUGCCGUGAAGCUGCUUCAUCGUGGUCUCAUGGAUUGCAUUCUGCACGUUCCCAUUAGUUUUUUCGACUCGACUCCACAGGGUCGGAUAAUGAAUAGAUUCUCGAGUGACUUUGCCAUAGCUGACAAUCAGCUGAUGCAGUCGAUGCGCUACAUGACAACAACAUUCUUCGUCUGCAUGAUAACGUGGCUGUCGAUGAUCCUGGAGACAGUGGGCAACCUGCUGACGUUGUCGGUUUCCAUCGCGUUUGUUGAGAUGCGAGAUGUCCUUGCAGCCGGUUUCGCGGGUCUGGUGAUUAGCUUCGCCCGCAAUGUCACGCAGGGUCUCAGCUGGUUUGUUCGUGUGUCCACCGAGUUCGAGACAAACAUCGUCUCUGUUGAGAGGAUCAAAGAAUAUUCUGAGUUACCGACUGAGGCCCCCUGGGAGGUUGACGAGAAGAAGCCUCUGCCGCAGUGGCCCGAGGGCUCCCUGGAAUUCGUCAACUACAGCACGCGUUAUCGCGAGGACCUCGACUUGGUGCUGAAGUCGAUCUCCUUCAAGAUUAACCCAGGCGAGAAGAUUGGCAUCGUCGGUCGAACGGGAUCCGGCAAGUCGUCUCUAGUGCUCGCGCUUUUCAGGAUAAUCGAAGCUGCUGAGGGCGCGAUUCUCAUUGACGGGAUAAACAUCGCCGAGAUUGGCCUGCACGACUUGCGAGGACGACUCACCCUCAUCCCACAGGCAAGUCCACCAUCGAUCUCAUCCACUUAUUGCUUAAUUGAUAAGUCGUUUAGGUUGUCGAAUCAGGAUCCAGUCUUGUUUUCGGGGACCCUUCGCUUCAACCUGGACCCCUUCAACACGUACUCCGACGAGACGGUGUGGGAAGCCCUGACGCUGGCGAAUUUGCGCAGCUUCGUGGAGAACAUGUCUGGCGGUGAAGGCCUGGACAUGGUAGUCUCCGAAGGCGGUGGCAACCUCAGGUGGGUGUGUAUGCAUUCUUUUGACCUUGCCCUCUGCCACCUCCCUUCCACAACCCACAGCCUCGGUCCAUUUCGUGCAUGUUUGGAAUACACAAGACUGUUUGCUUAA